CUCUCUAUUCUCUCAAUAUCAACUCCAUCAAGCUAUGGCUGACCCACUGUCAAUAAUGACUGCUUGCAUCACACUAAUUGGCGCGAUUGGGAAAACGACACAAGCCGUCACGAACUUUGUUCGAACCUGUCGCGAUGCGCGCGAAGAUCUCGCCGCCGUUAGCAGAGAGCUUUCCGAUCUGCGUAUCGUGCUCGAGCUUCUCAUCGACGAUACCGCGACCAAGGUCUCCUUGCCUGCCGCCUUUGGAAAGCAUGUCUUGGCUCUUGUCGGGAACUGCUUGGGUGUGACAACGGAGAUCGCGGGGGAGCUUGAGAAUCAUGAUGGUCGAAGUGGGCCAGCACGAUGGGCAAUGGGAGGCAAGGGGAACGUUGACCAGCUGAAGACGAUGCUCGAGACGCACAAGGGGUCGUUAAACUUGGCUCUCGAAUUGGCGAACCUUGUAUCCUCAAAAGCCAUCAAGGAUGAUACCGUCAUCAUUCGUAACGAUGCAAGUUUGAUCAAAGAGGACACAACGAACCUCUUGCGCCAGGUCUCCGACGUCACUCUACAGAUAGCGAGAAUCCGCAAAGCUGUGGGCACCAACCGGCAAAUCAAUGUAGCCAACAGCAGUACCAUUGACCUCUGGCUGGAAUCCCUCACAUCUUACGCCGAAAGCGUCUGUGACGAUUUGCUGCAAGACUUGCCACCUAAUCUGCAUGACCAAAUGCCGCCUCCGGAGGCUCAAUCAGUUGGUGGUGAGAUAUUGCUGCGUGAUAGCGCCGUCGAGGACAUUGGUCGAAUGGGCGUCACCUCGUCGGGGUAG